UAUUGAUAUUCAAAUACUUUUCACAUCCCUCGCUAGAAUCGGUUGGUGGAUAUAUAGAUAACAAAAUAAUGCAACUCACAGUUUCAGGCGGAUCGGAAGCCCCUGCGGCGCUGAAAUCGUUCAGAUAAUAUAAAGUUAUAGCCACAUUAUAGAGUUAAGACCCCCGCCACGAAAAGUGAAAAACAUCGUGUGUUGUAAGCUGAAAUCCGUGAGCAAAAACAAGAACAGCUGCUAUGACCAAAAAAUCGGGCGACUCCUCCUCAGUUUGCACACAUUUGUUAUAGUUUCGUGCACGCGUAGGAAUAUCACAGAAAAUCUAGGAAAAUCAAGGAGAGAGAAAGUGGAGGAGAGCGACAAAUCAAAUCCAAACAAAGCGAUUUCGGUUUAUUCUUCUAUUUCAGCACACGCAAAAAUGCACAACUGGCUGGCCUCACAUGACGGCGAUGAGGAUGCGAUGGCUGCGCCAUCAUCCUGUCCUGCGUCCUCGGAAAACGGCAGUCGAUUGGAGUCCCGCCGGAUCUUUGGCGACAUUACCACCAACAGACUGUGGACCUUUCGGGUGCUGAUGAACCAGGAUCUGGCGUCCAACGAGCAGUUGGCCAUAGUGGGUAAUUGCGAGGCGCUGGGCAACUGGCAGCACUCGGGAGCGGCUAUUUUGUCGAAAAAUGAGGAGAACGAUGAGUAUAGCAAUCUGUGGACAGGAGAGAUCUAUAUUCCGCGUCAUUGUGACACGGAAUAUCGCUAUAUGGUCUGUGCCGUCGAUCCCGGCACGGAGCAGCUGAUUGUCCGCCGUUGGGAAACGCAAUUACAGCCCAGAAUAGUCAAGGAACUGGAUGAGCAGCCUGCCAAGAAUCAGAGUGACAUAUUUGGCUCGUUCAAUGGCCAGGAAAAGGUGGAUCGGGGCUGGCUGACCAAGGAGACCCUGGUGCAGCUGAAGUUCUUUUAUGCUCCGUUCACGUUUAAGCAGCGCAUGAAACGAAGGCAUAUUCAGGUCAAAGUGACGCCCAUGAACCUGAGUAUCCCCAGUGCCGGCUGUGAUACCAUGCUGCCCUCAUCUCCCAUGGAGGAUUCCUUGUCGAACGACACCCAUGAUACCAAGGAGAACGGAGGUGAAUCCUCCACAGCCUUUGCCUUUAGCGAGGUCGUCACCUUGAGUGCCGACGAGUGCGAGAUCAGAAGUCAAGAGCAGUUCGGCACCGGCUGUGGACCCACCGAUUUGGUUAUAUUCCACCUGACCGUUGGAGACUUCGAGAACACGGCCUACCUGAUUGAUUUGUACAGCUACAGCUCCCGGGUGGCCAGGGAAGAUGGUCCACCGAACCACUUGGGCUAUCAUUAUGUGCUGCCCAAUCUUUUUAAGCGUUCUGAAGGCAACUUGGAGCUGCCCAUAACCUGUGCCAAGGGCCAUCGACCUCUGGGAAUGAUGCGUCUUGGUUAUCUUAUCGUGAAGCCCUCUUCGUUGUGUGCUCUGAUGGACAUGAGUGUCAGCUAUGCCCGAUACUGGAACAACAAGUGGACGGGACUGGAUGUGGGCCAUCGUGGUUCCGGAACCAGUUUCAAGGCCAAGGACGCUGUGAUUCGGGAGAACACCAUUACUUCCUUGAAGAAUGCCGCAGAGCAUGGUGCCGACAUGGUGGAGUUCGAUGUCCAACUUAGCAAAGAUCUGGUGCCGGUGGUGUAUCACGACUUCAUGAUCUAUGUUUCACUAAAGUCCAAGUGCAGCAUGCAGGAGCACGAUUUCCUCGCUCUACCGAUGAGGGAGUUGUCCCUGGAGCAGUUGAAGAAAUUGAAAGUCUAUCACAUUGCUGAGGGUCUGUCCAGGGAGACGCGUUCGUUUCACAACGAUGAUUGUUUAGAGCACCAGCCGUUUCCGCAGCUAUGCGACGUCCUGGAUGCCCUAGAUGUCCAUGUGGGUUUCAACAUAGAAAUUAAGUGGUCUCAGAGGCUAGAGGACGGCAAAAUGGAGGAGGAAUUCGAGCAUGUGGUGGACAGAAAUCUCUAUAUCGAUUGCAUAUUGGAUGUCAUCCUACGAAAGGCAGGGAAUCGCAGAAUAGUACUCAGUUGUUUCGAUCCGGAUAUCUGCACCAUUCUGAGAUUCAAGCAAAAUCGAUACCCUGUCAUGUUCCUAACUCUCGGCAGAACGACGAAAUACCAGAAGUAUAUGGACCCCAGGGGCAACUCCAUGGAGCUGGCCGUGUGGCACGCGGUGGCCAUGGAGUUCCUGGGUGUUGUGGCACACACGGAGGACCUGCUGCGAGAUCCCAGUCAGGUGAAUCUGGCCAAGGAGCGUGGAUUGGUGCUGUUUUGCUGGGGCGACGACAACAACUCCAAGGAUACCAUCAAGCUGUUGAAGGAACUCGGCCUGCACGCCAUCAUCUACGACAAAAUGGAUGUCCUGACCACCAAGGAGGUCAAGCAAAGUGUGUUCCACCUUCAGGCCAAGGACAGCCAAAAGGAACUGCUCAAGUUGCAGGCCCUGGAAAUGGGGCAUGUGUGGCACACCUCAGCCGACGGAAACGAGGAGCAGCAGGCAUAGAAUCUGAAUAUCAGAACUGCUCGACUAUUUUAUACUCAUCUUUAUGUACGAAAAUAACCGCCUGGCUAGGACCAUAACUCAUCAGAUUACGAAAUCUGCCAUUAUCAUUUCUCCGUUUCGCCACUUAGCUAAUUGCAUUUGAUUUUUAUAAAUAGGCUUAUUACAAGUUACUUAAAAUCUGUCCGACCAAAUUAGGAACCUUUAAGUGUCUCUUUAUGGUUUCCUAUUUCAAAAAACUGCUCUGUACUUCAGUACUUACGUUCCCAGCAAUCUUAAAAAAUACAACUUUUACAAACAA